CUCUCUCUCUAUUCAUCUCCCCCUUACCUCUCUCCAUUUCCCUCUCUCUCUUCCCUCCUCCCCCUCUCCCUCUUAUGAUGCCUUUGCGCUAACCCUAAAAUUGCAGGCUUCCCCAUGGAGACUGAUGAAACCAGUGAGGCCAUUCCAUUUCAGUUACAGGCUGAUAAACCGAUCGCAUCAGAGAUUAAAAUUGCUGAAUGGAACCCUGAGAAGGAUCUCUUGGUGAUGGUCACCGAGGACUUGAAGAUUGUUCUUCAUCGGUUCAAUUGGCAGAGGCUCUGGACCGUUUGUCCUGGGAGGGGCAUUACAUCUAUCUGUUGGCGCCCUGACGGUAAAGUAAUAGCUGUUGGACUUGAAGAUGGAACAAUUUCACUACAUGAUGUCGAAAAUGGAAAGAUGUUACGGAGCACCAAAUCACACAAUGUUGCUGUAGUUUGUCUUAAUUGGGAAGAGGAAGGACAAUCACUUACGGAUGAACCAGGUGCAAUCUUCACUUAUGAGGACAGGACACUGCGUUUUUUCCCUCCUGCUCCAAGAGUUCCUCAAAUACCUGGGCUGGGUUCUGGCGUUGCUGGAUCAGUGGAAGAGCAUGAAGAUUCAUUUCAAGAAUUGUCUAGUUCAUCAUGUCAAAGAUUUAGUAUUCUAUGCAGUGGAGAUAAAGAUGGCAACAUUUGCUUCAGCAUAUUUGGGCUUUUUCUAAUAGGAAAGUUGAGUGUGCGGGAACUAUCUGUUCGCAUGUUUUCUCAAGUCAAUGGGACCACAUAUCGACUCUUGAAUGCUUCUGUAUACAAGGUGGCUUUCUCAAAGAAUCUGCACCAAUUGAUUGUGCUAUGCUUUGGAGAGUUGAUUGGUAAUGUAGCAGGGCAGAAUGAUGAACCUUUCUACCCAGAAAAGCAUGAUGCACCACCUGGAUUGCAUUGUUUGCUUGUUGACACUUCUAUAUUUCGAAAUAGGAAAAAUGAGCUCCAUCAAGUUGCCCAACAAGCUUCAAACAUUGAGGAAUUGAUUGAGGUUGUUCGGGCUUCGCUUUCAGUAAUGCAUAAACAAUGGUCUGAUGCCAUGCAUGCAUUUCAUGAGAAGUUCCGUGCUCUCUCUUCACUAAUUAUUGAUCAUGGACUAAACUCUGCUUCUCAAGAAGAGUUGCUUAGCCUUUUAUUUGGUGCUCGAACAAACCCUGCUGUUCAUCAAUUUCUGGUUACCUCUCUUGGUGAAGUGGGACUGAAACGGUUGGGUAAGGUUGUUGAUAGUGCUGGCAAGGAGCUGCAUAUUGUAGUUCGUGAGCAUCUCUUGCCUGCAGCUGAAAUGAUUGGAUUUAGGAUUGGAGAGUUAAAGGGGCUUUCAAGAUGGCCUGCACGUUUUCAGAUAAUUGGACUUGAUGAGAAACUUAUUGAUCGGGCUACAGAAAAUGCAGGAAUGUUCCUUGUACAGGUUGAACGGCUCCUGAGGAUCCUUUCUGUCUCAUUAUAUCAGUUCCAAAAUUUUUUUACCUGGCUUACAAAAUCUAUAAAGCUUUUAAUGUCAGAACCAAGUGAUCAGCUUCCUCAGUUUAAUAGUGAACUUGUAAUAGUAUUCUUGAGGACCCUUUUCAAUCAUGACCCUUUAGGAAAGCACUUGGAGCUCUCCAGUGAAAAGCACACAAUUGAACUUGAUUCGGAUACCAUGCAAAGAAUGGAAGAACUCUCAAGACUUGGGGGAUUUUCAGAUACCAAAUUUUUACAAAGGACUUUAGCUGAGGAGUUUGAUCAAUUGCAAGUGAGCUUUAGGGAGGCUACCUCGAUGCCCUUCAUUGCCAUUUCGCAAAAGUUGCAUUGUGAAGGAGUGAUGCCGUUGUUCCAUAUUCCAUCAUUCCAACAGAAAUAUGCUUCAUUCAAUUCUCCUGUUAAAAUGUCAUACUACUUGGAUUCUGAUAGAAGUGAUUCAGCAUCUGGUGAAUCAAGAAACGAUAUUUUGGAUUAUAUCUGCUUUGGAAUACCGGAUGAAACUUCUUCAGAGAGUAGAAGCAUUAUAGGUGUAGCACGGGGAUUUUCACGUGACCGUAAAAGUGUUGAUAUAAAUAGUAGUUCAGUGGAGGUUGUAUUGCUUCGUGUCGAGGAUGGUUACCAAUGUGUGGACCUUGCUUUGUAUAAGGACUACCAGAUUGUUUUGUUAUUGAAUGAGACUACUCUGGAUGCUGAAAGCCCUGGAAAGGCAUGGUUAAUGAUAGUUGAAACAAAGGAGCUUCCUUUUGUGUGCUUGUCAGAAGCUCUAGGAAACCUAACACUUUGGGAAAUGUGCCAGUUAGAGGGUUCAGUUGUGGAUUUGAGUAGGAAAGAUGGGAAAGCUCGAUGUAUUCCUCAUUUGGUUAGCCCUCCAUUAGCAGUCAGCGCUUCUCGAGGUGUGGCUAGUGUCUUUACAUUGCGAAAGCGUGCUCUAGUUUAUAUAUUGGAAGAAGAUGAAGAUGAGAUUUCAGACAUGGAAUAACUUAUUUGCAGAGGUUCAUAUGGUCUACCAGGGCAGCUAGUAGGCUUGGGACUGGGUUCAGCCGAGGUCGACCCAGGUACCGCCCUUGACUCAAGAUCCUUAUCUUGGAAAAUUCAAGGCCCAAAUCACCCCAGUCUGGGCCCUGCCUGCUAUGUACAGGACUGAACGAUUGAGCCUAGGCUAGACUUGGUCCGGCACCGCCUGCCUAAUUUGGAAAAGAAAAAAAUGAGAGAAAGACUUAUCAUAAAAAUAUUAAGAAAUAUAAAAUAAGUUCACAGAGGUUGGGUGAAAAAACAAAAAAAAUGUUUCGGUUGAGUCUUCUACCCAUGUAAAUGAAUGGCUAUAACAAAAUGUUGAUACAAGUGGCAAUCCCCAAUAUUAUUAUAAAGUCUAAAUGAGUUAAGGUGGGCAAGACAUGGGCUAAGCCAGUACAAGCAAAUCAUGGGCUAUCGGGCUUCAUAAUGUAGACCUAAACGGCCUGCUAAAUUUUUUUGCCCUGAAUUUAACGCUGAACCCUGCCCAAAGGGCUGCUAUUGACCUAGACCUGACUUCCGGUAGGGCUGUAGACAAUUCAAGUUGACUACCAGAUCCAUCAAGGUCGAGGUUGGACCCAUGCCCGGUUGGGUUGAGAUCAAGUGGACUUGGACCUGACAAGGUACUCUACCCAUAUAUAUAUCUCCCGGGUUUGUCUGGAAUUGACCUGGACCCGGACCCGGACCGGUACCGGACCUUCCCGGUCCAUGGGGCAGUACAUUCCCGAACCAGGGUAGGUCCCAAUUAUCACCCCUGCCUUCAGGUUCUUCAAGCGGGCCUGCUUGGUCCAUUGCAUAGGCACACGACACAUUUGUAUGCGUAUACACCAACAUACAUUUAUAAUUGUAUAAGCAAGCGUUUUUUAGCUAGACUACCAUGUCUGUAUACAUAUAAGUCCUUUGCAGAUAUGCAAAUUGUUAUAAUCCAAACAUCUGGAUACAUGACUUGAGAAAGCCUGCUGAUAUUUGUUAUAUUGACUAAUCUCCAUCCCAUAUUUAUGAUGAUAUGUGAGCUGAUAUAUAGAGGAUUGAGGGAGAUGGUUUCAUAAUUUUUCAGUUCAUCUAUUCCCUUGGAUAAAACUUGUAGAAAUAUUUUCUAGACACCAAAUUUGAGUGAUGUAUUC